UCCAUUUCCGUAGAUUUUUCCGCCUGCGGUGUCGUGGCGGCUCUCUUCUCGGAACUUUUUUUAAAAGUUAUUUUCACCGGCACAUUAAUAUUUAAAACCCUUUCCGGAUUGUACGACAAGAACAUCACGACAUUUGCCUUCUGUGACUUGACGGGAAAAUGGGCCAUUGAACGAGAAGGAGCAAGCGCAUCGCGGGGAUGAGAGAAGAAGAAGAAGAAGAAGAAGAAGAAGGGGACCACUUCAUCCCCAUCACAAGCCUUUUAAUCGUUUUCAAAUCAACCCAAGAAGCUUUUCGUCAUCGUCGAAAGCACAGAAAAUCACACGUGAAUUUCCAAAAAAUGAAACCCGCCGUCUUGCGAAAUUCGGAAGUCCUGUUUCAAAGUACGUACGACAGCGCUGCUGGAUUUUUGCAAGGGCCGAGCCGCGGCGACUGAGGCGGUUUGGACCUCCGGGCCCGAUGGGGAACAGCGCUCUCAAGUCCCACCUGGAGACCUCCCAGAAGACGGGGGUGUUCCAGCUCACUGGAAAAGGACUUUUGGAGUUUCCAGAGGAACUGCAGCGGCUCACGGCAAACCUGCGGACUGUGGAUCUGUCUGAUAACAAGCUAGAGGCGCUUCCUCCUUCCGUCGGAAACUACGCGCAGCUCCGGAGUUUGACCCUCAACUCUAACAGACUGAGCAGUCUUCCCUCUGAGAUCGGGAAGCUGAAGAAACUGGAGACUCUGAGUCUUAGCACCAACCGGAUCCAGCGGCUCCCACCCACCGUGGAUCAACUUAAGGCCCUGCGGACCCUCAUUCUGGCUGGGAACCGCAUCUCUGAGUUCCCUACCGGAUUAGGAGCCCUGAGACACUUGGACCUGCUGGAUUUAUCCCGCAACCAGAUUAGGAGCGUCCCGGCAGAGGUGUCGGAGCUUCAGGUCAUCGAGAUCAAUCUCAACCAGAACCAGAUCUCCGUGCUGUCAGGGGACGUGUCUCAAUGUCCCCGCCUCAAGGUUCUGCGUGUGGAGGAGAACUGUUUGGAGCUGGCCGCCAUCCCGCUAUCCAUCCUGAACGAGUCGCAAGUGUGUCUAUUUUCGGUGGAAGGAAACCUCUUUGAGGUCAAGAGUCUGCGAGACCUGGAUGGCUACGACAAGUACAUGGAGCGUUUCACCGCCACCAAGAAGAAGUUUUCCUGAAAGCCGCGACCACCUCCCCUUCCUCCGCUGGCGACCAGCAGGAAGUCGUCGCGGCCGGCCGAAGAGCCCACAGACUAGUCCGGUGUUUUUCCUGACAGUCGGCGCCGCUUGCGUCCCGCGAACCCCGACAGGAAGUUGCGCUGUUGACUCGCUGUGGCCAUCCAGAGGAACAAAGUGGAACUGCAACACGUCCUUUUUUUCGUCACGAAGGCCACGGCGACCUCGACUGGGCCUUGGAGUCGCUUUUCCAAACGAAAACUUUGAUGUUGCCGUAGUGACGGAAAACAGGAAGUCAGAUGUACUUCUGGUGAUGAUGUCAUCAAGGCGUCUGUCUAUUAAUAAGAUAACACGCUGGCGUUAACUUAGCUGCUAGACUUAGACCACCUGUGAGCUAGCUAUAUUUCCGUUUUGGGCGUUUUUAAAUGAACUUUCACAAUAAAAGGAUACCUCCAAGCAAGUGCAAAAUCUA